AUGGAACACGAAACUAAACCUUUUGGAUGCACGGGUCCGGUGUCACCAAUACCGAACACCGGCACGUUGCUAUGCCGGCGUGCUAGACCUAAGCGCUGCACACAAGCUUCGGUAAUAAACGAUGCCUGGCUCCCCGUGUCUACCAUGCAUCUAACAGUGGAAAUCGUCAUAUUAUUACCUAUGACAAUAUCCACUAGUGCUGUCGAUAACAACACUGUUCCAGUGCGAGCGAGAGAAAUACUCAUCAUUCUGCUCUCAUCAGUAGCCUUAAUGUCUUAUGGCUAUAAUACCAAACUGUUCUCCCACAGUCUUGGCUCCGAACCAUCUCUCUCGAUACUCUAUGCGAGAGAUAAAAAAAGCGAUAAAGUCACCAACGAAUGUCUCAUGGAAAUGUACCCUAAAAACCUUUACAAAUAUCCGCUUCGCAUAGAUCGUAACGACAUUCCAUGCAUCAUACAUUGCGUGCUCAAAAAAUUCGGUAUUAUAAGCAAUGACGGCUUCAUAAACAUCAAGAAUUAUUAUCGAAGGGUCCAAGCGAUACACAGAUACGACCCGAGGAUAUUGAUAUCGGAUGUCGGCGAAACAUGCGCACAGAAUAUCAACGGAAUGAAUUUGGACCACGAUGUAUGUAAGAAAGCCAAAGUCUUCAACGAUUGCACGCAGCUUUAUGCGAUAUCUUACAGAGAGCCUGAAGACUGGUAGCAAAAUGAUUGAGUAACUCAAAUACAUAUCGAAGAUUCCAGAGAAAAACUAUAUAUUGAACCACCUUGGGAUAACGGAGCCACGAGUUUCCUAGUAAAAGCCUUUUGUAUUCAACUUUUUAUGUUCAUAAUAAAAUCGAUAAGCGU